CUUUAAUCUCAUGACGUCAUCACUCGCGCGCGCUCAGACAGCUUCGAGUAGCUCGCGGUGCUUCACGUGUUUAUUUGUUUGUAAAACACUCUUAACCGUUUAAGCAACAUUAAUUUUGAUCUGCUCCUCCUUCAGUGAAGCUCCUCCCACAACAAUCACACCUUCAGUGAAGCUCCUCCCACAACAAGCACAUAUUCAGUGAAGCUCCUCCCACAACAAUCACACCUUCACUGAAGCUCCUCCUACUGCAGUUCAGCAAUAAAUGCUGGAAUAUUCCCAUCAGUCUACAAGUGAAGACGAGCAUCAGAGCAUCAGGAAGAAGUGAAAUCUGCAGAGACAGAGUUUAUUGAAGGACAGAGAGAACAUGAGAGAUCCAGAACCCUGCAGAAUGAAACUCACUGAAGAACAAACAGUAUUGAUUGAAGAAAACGAGGAGAAGGAGGAACUGAAUGAAGAGGAGAAACAUCAUGUCAAAACUGGAGAAAAAACUUUGAGUCGCUCUCAAACCAAACAGAAAGAUUUAAAGAAAAUAAGAGACAAGUCUUUCACCUGCACUCAGUGUGGAAAGAGUUUGAAACACAAACAGAGUCUCAAUGUUCACAUGAGGAUUCAUUCUGGAGAGAAACCAUACAUAUGUGAUCAGUGCGGGAAGAGAUUCACGGAUUCAUCAACCCUUGAGAGACACAUGAACAUCCACACUAGAGAGAAACUGCAUGAAUGUGAUCAAUGUGGAAAAACAUUUUUGUGGGCUUCAAACCUGAAGAUUCACCUGAAAGUUCAUUCAAAGGAGAAACCACAUUCAUGUUCUUUAUGUGGAAAGAGUUUUUCACUGCAGCAGAGUUUAAAAGUUCAUCAGAAGAUACACACUGGUGUGAGAGAUCAUGUGUGCUCUGAGUGUGAGAAGACUUUUAUUACAUCUGAAGAUUUGAAACGGCACCAGAGGAUCCACACUGGAGAGAAACCUUACACAUGUGAUCAGUGCGGGAAGAGAUUCAGUCGUUUAGAAACCCUGAAAUCACACAAGAGGAUCCACACUGGAGAGAAACCUUACAAGUGUUCACACUGCGACAAGAGAUUUAGUCAGUCAGCAAGUCUGAAAGCACAUGAGAGGAUUCACACUGGAAAGAAACCGUAUCACUGAACUGCAUGCGGGAAGAGAUUUGGUCGUUCAUCUCAUCUAAGCAGACAUACAAAAAAGAUUCACAGUCUGUAGAUCAUCUUCAGAUCCAACACUUUCAGGUCUGAUGUCGCGUCCUCAUCAAACAUGACACAAUAAUGCAUCAAGAAAUAAAAUCUCUUCUGUAUAAAUCUGUCCUAACAAAGAAACAUCAUCUAAAGUCACAGUGAAUAAAGUUCAUCUUCAAGACCAGCAGUUUCAACUAACAUUUUUGUGGGCUUCAGCCUCAAAGAAUCACCUGAAAGUUCAUACAAAGGAGAAACCACAUUCAUGUUCUUCAUGUGGAAAGAGUUUUACACAACUGCAAAGUUUAAAAGUUCAUCAGAAGAUACAUAAUGGCGUGAGAGAUCAUAUUUGAGUGUGAGAAGACUUUUAUUAGAGCUGAAGAUUUGAAGAGGAUUCACACUGGAGAGAAACCGGUCAGAUGGAGUUCCUUCCCAAAAAAAAUAUCUAAAAGUUUUAUUCUUGCAUUUCAUUUUGCGUCAUAUUAAUUAUAUCAAAUUUUUUUUUUAAUGAGUUUCAUUCAUGUCUUGUAGUUUGUUUACUCUUUCUAUGAAGAGAAGUAGUGUUAUUUAUUUAUUUUUUAACGUGCAAAACGUUCUUGUUCAGGAAGCUGAUGAAAAGGCCGUACUUAUUCUUUCAUUAUGAUGUAUUUAUAAAAUGCAGAUGCAAGAUGUACUGAACGAUCCUCCUCUGCUUCUCUUGUAAGUAGGGAUGGUACCAGAACCCGGUAGAGUUUGUUUGGAUACGUGUUUUUGCUAUUUGAAGUCCAGAAGAGAGAUCUCACUCGUGGUUUAGGUUUGUGCGAUUAAUCUAAUUUCAUUUGCAAUUUGGAGUUUGGUUUGAUGUAAAGUGAUUAUUGUGCUGCAUUCCAUACCUUUCCUUCACGGAGCUUUUGUUCUUCUCUAAAAGUCCAAACAUGACAUUGUAGGAUCUCAGAGUGAAUCAAACAGUGAUAAUGUGACCAGAACUGAAACUGACCAAGAAGCUGAAUUACACAGGACGCCCCGAGUCCACAUUUAGGGCCAUAAAAUCAGAGAUAUUUUCAUGUGAUGCCAGCGAGACUGAAGCUGUUUUUACAUUUGAUUCAUUCAUUCAGUUUCUUUUGUGGGCUAUUAUUUACCUGAAUACUGCUGUUAGACCUUACUGAAAAACUGUCUAAAAAGCAUUGCUUACUUAACUUUUUAUUAUUAUUAUUAUUAUUAUUAUUUUAUUUGUACUUUGCUUCUGUUCUUAUAGUAUUAUUGUCUUCAGUGAUGGUUUGAGGACUUUUUACUUACAUUGGUUAGUUUAGUAUUAGUUGUUUCAUGAAGUAUCAAAGCUAUAUAAAUAAAUGUAAAAAGAACUGAUAAGAAUACCAUUAAAGUAACAGGUCGAUAAGGAAGAUCGCGAAUAGUAAUACUGUUUUAAAAAAAAUAAAAAAUCAAUCUCUUCUUGUAACUCAGUACGGAGAGACCAGUCAAGUUCAUUUUAAUUUUUACUUGGCUGUUUUUUUUUUUUUUUUAUUUUUUUUUUUUAUUUGCUUUAAGCUAAUCAUUGAGUAAAUGCUACCUUUUUAUUAAUACGUUAUCUUAAUUGAUACAUUUCAUCAAGUUUUAUUGUCUGCUGACUGUGUAUUUCCAUCAGGAUUUUUUUAUAUACAUACAUUUUAGCACCAAUAAGUAUUGUGUUUGCAAGUUGGACUUUGUUUUAAAUUUCUCAAAGCUUUUAAGUGCCUAAUAAACUAUUUCACCCCACACCUGACUGAGACUGAUCUGCUGUCUACAUCAGUAACUGUUUCACCCUUAUUUUUCUGUGAUGUGUUGUUUUAGCUUUUUUUUUUUUUUUUUGAAGAUCUACCGUUAAUCUCAUGACGUCAUCACUCGCGCGAGCUCAGACAGCGUCGAGUCUCGUGAGGUGAGCAGCUCGCGGUGCUUCACGUGUUUAUAUGAUUGUAAAACACUCUUAACCGUUUAUUUAAGCAACGUUCAAAGAGAUCUGCUCCUCCCACAACAAUUACACCUUCAGUGAAGCUCCUCCCACAACAAUCACACCUUCAGUGAAGCUCCUCCCACUGCAGUUCAGCAAUAAAUGCUGGAAUAUUCCCAUCAGUCUACAAGUGAAGACGAGCAUCAGAGCAUCAGGAAGAAGUGAAAUCUGCAGAGACAGAGUUUAUUGAAGGACAGAGAGA